CGAUUACGGAUAUGGAGACUUAGAACUCGGGAUGUGUUUAUGUCAGAAGAAUCUCAGCCGGCACUGGAGUUACCCCGUCCUCGUCAUAUCGCACAGGCGCUAAUCUUCAACAGCAAAUUAAAGAAGAAACGACCAUGCUAUGAUGAGACCACGCAAUCCUAUUGGUAACCCUUCAGUUCUCUAUGGCUCAACUGCCCAAAAACCUCACUUCCAAACAUCUCUUAAAGCUCCUCAAAUCCGAAAAGAAUCUCAACUCAGCGCUCUCUCUUUUCGACUCUGCUAGUCAACACCCGGGUUAUACCCACACCGCCGUCGUCUUCCACCACAUCCUUCGCCGCCUCUGCCUUUCCAACUCGAAUGGGAAACUUCCGCCUCGCAUUGGCGAAAUCGUUGAUAUGAUCCAAACCCAGAAAUUCCAGUGCUCUGAGGACGUUGCAUUGACUGUGAUCAAAGCGUAUUCCAAGAACUUACUCGUCGACAAAGCAGUUGAAACUUUUCAAAACAUGGUGGAAAUCUUUGGGUGCGGACCCGGUAUUAGGUCGUACAAUACUCUGCUCAACGCUUUUGUGGUGUCAAAUCAACUGAGCAAAGCGGAGUUGUUUUUUAGAUCCUUUGAGACAAUGGGGGUGGCGCCAAAUUUAGAAACCUACAACAUUUUGAUCAAGCUUUCAUGUAGAAGGAGGAAAUUUGAUAACGCUAAAGAGCUGCUGAAUUGGUUGUGGGACAACGGUUUCAAGCCUGAUGUGUAUGGUUACGGGACAUUGAUUGAUGGGCUUGCUAAAGUUGGGGAUUUGCGCAGCGCCUUGAAACUGCUCGACGAAAUGUCUGAGAGGGGUGUGAUUCCGGACGUGACAUGUUACAAUAUCCUAAUUAAUGGUUUUUUCAAGAAAGGGGAUUUAGCGGGAGCUAAUGAGACGUGGGAGAGGAUGAUAAGGGGAUCAAGUGUCUAUCCAAGUGUGAUUAGCUAUAAUGUUAUGAUUAGUGGGUUGUGCAAAUGCCGAAGGUUUACUGAGGCUCUGGAGUUGUGGAGCAGAAUGAGGAAAAAUGAGCGGAAAAUGGAUUUGUUUACAUGUAGCUCGUUGAUUCAUGGGCUGUGUGAGUUAGGGAAUAUAGAUGGGGCAGAGGCAGUUUUUGCAGAAAUGAUUGACACUAAGGUGUUUCCUGACGUUGUUGUUUAUAAUGCAAUGCUUAAUGGAUAUGGCCGGGCUGGGGAUAUUAGGAGGAGCUUUGAGUUGUGGGAGUUGAUGGGAAGGGAGGGUUGUCGCAAUAUUGUUAGCUUCAACAUUUUUAUGAGAACUUUAUUUGAGAAUGGAAAGGUGGAUGAAGCAAGUGCACUUUGGAAGCUCUUGGUGGAGACUGAACUAUCUGCUGAUUCUGCAACUUAUGGAACUUUAGUUUAUGGGUUUUGUCAGAAUGGACUCCUUUUCAGGGCUUUGUUGGUUUUGGAAGAGGCAAAAGAUAAAGGAAAUGUUCUUGAUGCUUUUGCAUAUUCAGCAAUGAUUUCUGGGUUAUGCAGAGAAGGUACACUAGACAAAGCAGUUAGGGUGCUUGCUCAGAUGAUCAAAUGCGGCUGUAAACCAAAUUCCCAGUUGUGCAAUGCACUUAUUGAUGGAUUUGUCCAAGCUUCUAAGAUGAAGGAUGCUCUCAAGCUUUUACACAAAAUGAACAGCAUAAACUGUUCCCCAAAUAUUGUCACUUAUAACACGAUUAUAGAUGGACUGUGCAAAGGUGAAAGGUUUGCUGAAGCAUAUGAGCUUGUGAAGGAAAUGCUGGAAAAAGGAUGGAAGCCGGAUAUGAUUACAUAUAGCUUGUUAAUGAGAGGUCUUUGUCAAGGCUAUAAGAUUAACUUGGCCCUUAACUUGUGGAGCCAAGUUGUCAGCAAGGGUUUGACGCCAGAUGUUACCAUGCACAAUAUAAUGAUUCAUGGCCUCUGUUUGGCUGGCAAAAUUGACGUUGCUUUACAUCUGUAUCUCAACAUGAGUCAGUUGAACUGUGUGCCAAACCUUGUUACUCAUAAUUCUCUAAUGGAGGGCUUUUAUAAAGCCAGGGACUGCAAAAAUGCAUUAGUCAUCUGGGCUCGCAUUUUGAGAGGUUGGCUUCAGCCAGACAUCAUUUCAUAUAAUAUCACCCUCAAAGGACUUUGUUCUUGCAAUAGAAUGUCGUAUGCAAUGUCAUUCUUGAAUGAUGCUUUGAGUAAGAAAAUUGUUCCUACCAUAAUCACUUGGAACAUACUUGUCAGAGCAGUUCUUAUUGAACGGGCUUCAACAUGAUCUUGGUUCUAGAUCUUGAAAACUUGAGUCUCAUAUGGUUAAACGUUGGUGUUCGAAUUUAUGUGAACUCCACUCAAGCAAGACAAGUUCCUGCUAUCGGUAUGCAAUAGUUUGAAGUUCAUAUUGCAAGUCAACUCUCUCAGGUUCUCAAGUUACCUCCUGGAUGUGAAAUGACAGAUAUUACAGACUAUAUGAGCAUUACUUUCUUUCUUCAAAGAAGUGAUAUUUGAAUAGUGUUUCCCAAGAUUAAGGAUCUACUGCUUUUCGUGUUCUGCAUCCUAAGAUUAUUUUGGUCUUGCAGGUUAGUUGCAAAAAGCAUUGGUCAUGUCAACUGUGAAGGCACAUUUGCGUUCGAAGUUCCUAGAAUCUUGGUACGGAUGGAUUGAAUAGAUGAAUCAUGUCUACUUACAGCAUUGGGCUUAAGGUUUGAGUAGGUUGAUAAUUUUUCCUGGAAGUUUUGUUAGCAAACUGAUUUGCACUUAAUUUUGCAGCUUCUUUGCUGAACCAGAGUUUAGCUGGCCUAAGUGAUAGUAGUACAUGCAGCAAUUUUAAGUGAUUUGUUACAGGUCUGGAAGCUUCCGCUUUUAGUCUUUUUCAAUUCACAUAUCCUUCAUGUGUCUUGGUUGUAUUCUCAUUGGUAAAUUUCCAUUGGAAAGCAUCAAAAAAGAAGGUUUGGUGGUCGUAGUGGGAUCUCCAGAACCUAGCAAUGAUGCAAAACUAAAUUUGCUUGAUGUAUUAGCCCCAAAUGGUAAGACCUUAUUUGGGGUUAUAACUCAUGCGACACUCAAAUUGUUUUCUCUUAAACUGCUAUAGUGAAAUCAAAUAUCUCAGUGGUGUGGGGAGAAAAAAAAUCACUCUUUAUCUAUUUUGCUUUUGUUUUGUUCUGUUUUUUCUGUCUCUGACAACAUCAUUUGCUCGUAGAGGAGUUGAGAAAGCAAACCCACCAAGAUUGCUCCAAGAACUGCUACCUUACGCCAGUCAGAUGAUGAAGUGAUCGACGCAUCACAAAUUCCAAUAAGUACCAAGCCUAUUAGUGCAAGCUCUCUCUUUUCCAGGGGGUGUUUUCUGGCGCAAGUUCUUGAAGAACAGACCUUCGUUUCUGUCCUCCUCAAUUUGGCCUUCGAAAUCUGCCAACUUCUUCUCACUUUCUUCAAUCUCCUGCUUAUUCAAUUCUGCCGAUUCUUCAAAGGCUUGCAUCUGGCUCUCUAUGUUUUCCAUUAUCUGCUCAAGAAAAUUAGUUGAAGUGGUUAUAAGUUAAUUUCCUAGUAGAAAUUAUGUUCUUGAUAAAGAAGAGAUCAAACAGACCCUGGAGCCAGCUUCAUCAAGUUCUUUGAGAGCAUUUUCACCUAUUUGAUCAAUUUCAGCAUUGGCUUCUUCUGCAAACUGGGUCAGAUAUGCGGACCUUUCAUCUAAGUAAUCAGUAAGACGUAGUUUUUGGGCUUGCAGCAUUGCUAUUCGGGCAAGCAAUUCCUGCUUUCUUCUAUCUCCUUCAGGUGGCGGUGUUCCCGAAUCUGAUUCGUUUGCCUUGCAUAGGAGGAGGUUGGUGUACUUCCUCUUGGAGUAAUCUCUUCCUCGGAGUAAAGCGUGCUUGUUUGGAGUAAAAGGGGAUUGAAAUGCUUUUAGGGACAUCAUAUUUGCUGUCAUCCAAGUAAGAGAGGAAGAGAGAGAGAGAGGGAGGGGGCAAUUGUGCAAGAGCUGCGGAGGCGUUUUGAACCUCUCAUUAAGUUGCAUUAUCUCGUCGGCAAGACCUCUGUCUGACUUGUAUGGAUUUGUUUUUAUUGGUUUAAAAAGCAAAUUUGAUGCUACUCCCUUUGAACAACGGCUCGUUUAUUGGUCAUGACAAAAGAAUUGAGACUUUGUAGGG